AUGUCCCAAUACUACUCUGGCAGAAACUAUCAGCAGCCCUUCGACUCUGCUUUCAACCAUAUAGAACAUCACUACAAUGGUUCAGUACCUCGGCUUCACAUCAGCACUGCAGAACAGACAGAGCCAUGGAAUCUGUCACGGCGCCCACGAAGUGUGCAAGACAUGAGAGAACAGGCAUACAGCCCAGCUACGUCGGUACACACCACAAAAACCACUCCCGGCACGCUGCUAGCAGAGCGAAUGAGCUACCAUCAGUCAGAUCUGUCUGCAGCACACAACAGUCUCGGUCUCGGUUUACAGAGUGGCUCAUCUUUGCUCUCUCCUAACUAUGGCUCCUCUACAUUCAACCCAACUACACAAGAAGAUUCAUGGAGUUUGUUCAAUCUCCGAAGCGCUGAAAAUAGACGGGCACGCUAUGUAUCGCGUCAGUCUAAUGUUGAAUCGCCGCGCUAUCCUCGCAGUGGACUUCAUAAUAAAGGUGUUGUUGCUUCUGAUGAAGGCUACUUCUCAGUCGAAACAAGCCAAUCAACACUUGGUAACGAGGCUGACUGCUCGAGUCAAAAUUUGCCAUUAGAUUUCUACAGCCGAAUUGAAAACAUGAAUGUCGAAUCUGUGGCUAGUAUUGCAACAGCAGUGUCAACAGUACCCUCGGAUCAAAGAUCUCGUGUUAGCAGCACACGUAGCCGUAAGUCAUCAAGCAAACCGAUCAAGUGUGAUCAAGCCGCAUGUGAUGAGACAUUCAAAUGCAAUUCCGAGUACAAGAAGCAUCAGCUCAAACAUGAAAAGCCAUUCAAGUGCGACACACCCAAAUGCAAAAGGGCUUCCCAAGGAUUUACCACAUUAAACGAUCUUGAUCGACAUAAGAAGAGUGUUCACCAAAUAGAUUUCAACAACAGAUCUUACAGGUGUGUAGGCAAAAAUUGUAAGAAUAAAGAAAAAAUAUGGCCACGUCUGGACAAUUUCAAACAGCACGUUCAACGAAUGCAUCAAGACGAAGAUGAGACGGAUGUAAUUGAAAGAUCGAAGUGGAACCCUGAAAAGCGAUCCUCUUUGAUAAAUCAAGAGUCCGCAGAUGCACAUAUGGACGCCAACUUGGUGUUGGCUGGCAUGGAUAAGUCCUUCCCAAUCAGUCCAACGACGGGUAAUUCAUCUCCCCUUGACUUUUCAAUGAAACGAGACCAUGAGCGCUGGCCGUCACUUGAUCUGAGCCUAAGUCCUACCAAGGAUGAACGUCAAACACUUCAUUUUCCAGGAGAUAAUUCUUUUGUAACUCGACCUGCACAUUUUCCUGAACAGCGUCGUGGCCAACGCCGAGCACCGGGGCUGUCAUUAGCUCAGCAAACACAAAUACCCCUUCCUGCCGAUGUGUCCACGGAUAUUGCACCAAGAGAAACGAUUUCCCAGGCUCCUUUGUCGGAUAUGGAUUACGGGUUCUCUAAUGCACCUCAGACAAAGGCCGAGCAACAACGAAUGGCACAGAGAAAGCCCGCUGCUGUAUCUUCCCCUCCCAAUUCUGUAGAGAUUGGUCAUAUCUUGAACAUCCUACACCAAGCGAGUAGCUCAGCAAAUCGAGUUGAGACAUUAGCUGAAAACGUACAGCCAGGUUCGGACACUCAAUCUGACACGGAUGCAGUAGUCUUGACUAGACGUGAUGCUUUGCAAAUCCUUAAGUUUAUCACACAGAGCACAGACAUUGCUCAGCCGGCGCCGUGUAGGGCUGAAAAAAGUCAUACAACAGGCCUGCGAGUCUGUCCGCGCCCAGGAUGCGGGUAUGCCGUCAAUCGGGAUUGUGAUCUGCGAAAACAUAUGAAACGACAUGAGAAGCCUUAUGGUUGUACGUAUCCAAGGUGCCACAAGCGCUUUGGCGCGAAAUCAGAUUGGAAACGCCACGAAAAUAGCCAACACUUCCAGCCUGAGGUGUUUCGAUGUGCUUUUGAACUAUCUCCCGGUGCGAUUUGUGGAGUGUAUUCGCCUCAAAAGGAGGCAUUCGAAGUCCACUUGAAGACACAUGGCGUUUCUUCUCCCAAAGACACAGAGAUUCUGAACUCACGCAGCAAGAUUGGGAAGAAUUGUCAAGGGUCCUUUUGGUGUGGCUUUUGCAAAGCUAUCAUUGUGCUCAAGACGAAGCUCAAUGCAGCAUGGGACGAACGGUUCGAUCACAUCGCAGAGCACUUGGAACAAGACAACAAGAAGAACAUUGAAGAGUGGAUAUGUGUCGAGCAGAACAAAACCAAGAAGGAAUUACUAGAGGAGAGGAUGCGAAAUGAUGACGAAGAUGAAGAGAGGGGAAAGAAUAAUGACUUCGCAUCUGUUGGAGGGGAGGGUGAUUCCGAUAAUCCGCUUCCACCUCCCCCUCCCCCACUAGAACACGGACCUUGGACCCCGACAUUGACUGGUGCAGGCUUAUCGCAAUCAUUGCCCCCAUGUUCUGGUAACGAGGGCAACAGGAAGCGAUCUGCACCUAACAAUGCUGAUGACCUGGAUCCAAGGAGCAAGCAAAAGAGGAGAAUGGACACUAUGACCACCAGGUAUUGUUGCUCUUGUCAAGGCGGACCAUGCAACUCACUUCAGCCCUCAUGCAUAGAUUGCAACCAUGUACUAUGUUGGAAUUGUAAGUAUAUUACAGAGGAGUUUACUAUGGUGGAUUCGUUGGAACUUUAUUAG